UUAAGGGAAAAAAAAAAGCCUACGCUGAAGUGUACCGUGGAUGACAGGGUCACACGAGUAGCGUGGUUGAACCGCAGCACCAUCCUGUACGCCGGCAAUGACAAGUGGUCUAUAGACAACCGCGUGGUCAUCCUUUCCAACACCAAGACCCAGUACAGCAUCAAGAUACACAACGUGGACGUCUACGAUGAGGGCCCCUACACCUGCUCCGUGCAGACAGACAAUCACCCCAAGACUUCGCGCGUCCAUCUCAUUGUGCAAGUUCCCCCCCAGAUUGUCAACAUCUCAUCAGACAUCACCGUGAACGAGGGCAGCAGCGUGACCCUCAUGUGCCUGGCCUUCGGGAGACCAGAGCCCACUGUCACGUGGCGGCACCUCUCCGGGAAAGGACAGGGCUUUGUGAGCGAGGACGAGUACCUGGAGAUCACGGGCAUCACACGGGAGCAGUCCGGGGAGUAUGAGUGCAGUGCUGUCAACGACGUGGCUGUCCCGGACGUGCGGAAAGUCAAAGUCACCGUCAACUAUCCACCGUACAUCUCAAACGCCAAGAACACGGGUGCCUCGGUGGGCCAGAAGGGCAUCCUGCAGUGCGAGGCCUCGGCUGUCCCCGUGGCAGAGUUUCAGUGGUUCAAGGAGGACACCAGGUUAGCGAACGGGCUGGAGGGCGUGCGGAUCGAGAGCAAGGGCCGCCUGUCAACACUGACCUUCUUCAAUGUCUCGGAGAAGGACUACGGCAACUACACGUGCGUGGCCACGAACAAGCUGGGCAACACCAACGCCAGCAUCAUCCUGUACGGUAGGUGCCCUGUUUUUUUGCAGCAAGGUACAGCAAGGAGGAGCGGUUGUGUUUGGGUCUGGUCUGUUGUAGUCUAUGUUGUUUUGUUAGGGGCUGGUCCGGUCAGAUGCGAGAGCGCCUGUGCCGUGGCAUCGGCGUGUUGGGGGAGGGCGUACUGGCAUAGGUGCCCGUCAGCGUGUCUGGGCACGGUGGCCUCAGGUGUCAAGCGGCUGGCCAUGUGUGUGGCUUUGGUCCGUGUCAGCCUCUAG